GCGAUUGCCAUGGCAACCAGGUACGCUCGUUACGGGGCUACGCAUUCAUUCAUUCGUUCCUUCGUGGCGUUUCGUUCGCGAUGGGACGACGACGACUGCGCGACUCGUUCGCUUCGCGUCCGUCUGGUUCGUAAGACGCUCGCCAUGUUCUCCAAGGACAAAAGCAAGUGGGAGUUUAAACAUGUCUGUGCUGGGCUUGGUCCAGCACUCACGCUGGCUCCUCUCCCGGCCGUGCCCAUCUCGCCGUCCCCACGCGUCCCAGAGAACAUUCUUCGCCGCAAACCCCGCUCUGCCCUGGCAGCGGCCGUGUUUGUGUCAUCGAUGACGGGCCGUGUCGUGGGCAUGCCCCUGGCGAAUCUGCAAAGUCAACGGCCUCGCUCCUGGUCCUUCUCGGACACGGACAGCAUCGUGGAGCCGUACGGCCCUACUGGCCAAUACCUGGACAGAGUUGAAGUUCCACUUUCUGAUGGCGAGGAGACGUCCAGAAGUCAAGCAGUGGAGUCUCGUGCAGAGACAAUGUCUCCAGACGUCGACUCACAAGGCAACCUGGGAGAGAGCUCAGCCAUCCGCCAGGAUUUGUCAGAGAUGUACGCCCGGCCGAACAAGAAUAAGCAUGCUGAGGUUGCAGAAGUGACAGAAGCCAUUUCAAGUGAAGGGCAUUCAAACACUCAGCAGGCACAGAAACCCAAAAAGAAGCGACAGCCCGAAAUGAAUCCAAAGGUGACUGUGAACACACCAAGGGAUGAGGAACGUCCAGCGGAUGCGCUCAGUGGCUCUGUCCCAGACGACGUGGCCACUCUGAAGGGGAUGGUGUACAGGCUCAACGUGCUGCUCAGUCGCUACCAAGCAACCUUCCGCCCUCUGACAAAAGAAGAGAGGAAGAAGAAGGCAAAUGGAUUAUGCUUCAAAGGGCCCCUCCCUCCAUGGCUGGUGGACGUGCAGCACAUGCCCCCUCUUCUGCUGGAGUAUGACAAGGAGCUUCAACAGAAGGAAGAGAUGAUACGCAAUUACGAGGAGGAACUGCAUGCCCUGCGGGAACAGAUGAAGGGGAACAGAAGGGUCGCAGGAAGAGGAGUUGGCGAGGAGUCGAAUGACCGUGCCCAGGAGGAGGUGGUCUCCCUGAAUGAGAUGGUGCGCAGGCUGAACGUGCUGUUGAGCCGCUACCAGGCCACAUUCCGCCCUCUCACGAGAGACGAGAAUAAGACGCCAAAUGUUCUGCGCUUCAAAGGACCAAUCCCUCCCUGGCUGGUGGAUGUGAGGACGCUUUCUCCUCUCAUCCUGGAGUAUGACAUUGUCCUUCAAGAGAAGGAAGAAAUAAUUUCCCUGUUCAAGGAGGAGCUGCAGGCCCUACGCACGCGCACGGAGAAGCUGGCGGACGAGAACGAGGAGCUGCAGCUGAAGCUGCAGAAGUUGCUGGCGGAGAGCGAGGAGCGUGCUGAGGAGCGGCGGCUCAUGCGGGAGCAGGCCCAGCUGGUGGUGGAGGAGAACAAGGUGCUGCUCGACCAGCUCGGCCUGCAGCGGAGAGCCCACGGGGAGGCGUGCGAGGACACACGCCGCAAGCACGAGAGCGCAAUGGGCGAGAUGACGCGGCUCUUGGUGGCCAAGCAGGACGAGAGGGAUGCGCUGGAGCAGGAUCUGGCGAGCGAGCGGCGCUUGCGGGCCCAGCUCACCGAGCGACUCGCCGGCCGCAUCAGCAAGGAGGAGCACGAGCACCUGGUCGCCUCCCUCACGCGAGAGCUCAAGGAGGAGGUGGACCGGCACAUGGCUGACGAGCAGCUGCUGAAGGAGCGGCUCGUGGAGGCUCAGGCCGAGGCGCGCAGACAGACGCUGGACAAUGCCGAGCUGUCUGCCGACAAUAAAGAGCUGACCAAUGAGCUCAACCUGAUCAAGAAGAACUUGAGGUCUGUGCAGCAGGCGGCGAACACGCUGACUCGGCAAGUGGAGGAAGCGCGUGAUGUAGAUGAGACAGCCACUCUGCACCUCUCUGCCAUGGUUCGUGUGGCCAAGAAUGCCCGGAGAGAAAAAUCCAAAGCCAAGCGCUUGGCAAAGACCAUCGCUGAUGAAUACCGAUUGACGCUGAAGGAAUUGAUAAAGAGGAGCAGCGAUGACGGCGAACAGCCAGAGAAGCUACAGGACUCCAAUAAGCAGAUGUUGGUAAGCAUGGAGAAGCUCUCUCAGAGUCUGACGCAGCAGGAGAGGGACACGGCAGAUAAGCGGCUGAUAUAUGAACAGAAGAUCCGCAAGCUGCAGUUUCUGCUGCAGCAGAGGCAAUGUUCCCUGGAUGAGGUCACGGCCCAAGAACGACAGCUCCAAACCGACCUGGAUGUAGUCUUCAAGAUCAAGACCCGGGAGGAUGCCCACCUCCAGAGCAUUCUGUGGGACACUCUGGGCCAGGAGGCGUAUGGUGACUCGCCGUCGCCCACACAGCGGAGCUAAGCAUGAGCUCCGUGAGAACGCUCAAGAGCCAAAGGCCAUCGUCGCCGUUGCAAAUGAUGUCACCACACUUCACCUUUGCUUCUUUCCUUCUGCAUCGUCUACCUCUGACCUGUGACACUGUGACAGCGCCUCACCAUGUAGCCCGGGCCUUCUGUUUGAUCACUGGUCUCAGUGCAUCCAUUUGGUUACCUGAGCUCUUUCCUGCACUUUUACCCCAAAUAUUACUCUUCACACAGUUCUUGGCUGUCAUCUCCUAUUCUGAACUUCGAUGGUACUUAUCCGAUCCUAACAGAAGAUAUUAAGCAUCCUCUCCACAUUUACCGAUAAAUUAAGUCCAAUAUUUAUUUUCUAGUUACUUUGCUAAAGUCCUGCUGUUUAACCCGUACGAUAACAUCGACAUCACUCACCCCUUACGUACCUUCAACAUUUGCCUCAACAUAAAAUAUUAAAUAUUGAAUGUACUAAGGUGGUUUGUGUAGUAAAUCAAAAUAUUGGUGAUGACACCAAUAUUGGUGAUGACACCAAUAUUUUUGCAGCAUUCAAGCACCAAUGAUGAGUCUGCCGUUCAACACCCGUUAUUGCCAUGUUACGCUCAACGACAGAUUGGUAACCAAGCGAUGCUCCUCUUCAUUACGUGUUGGGUGCUACAGCACAACAACUGGGCUGUUUCAAAAAUAUCAGAGAUUUUAUUCUAAAGUAAACUAAAAACUAAACUAUUUUUUUCUUUUUGUAAUAGGUUUUACCCUUUUAACUGGCACAAAACUGACACCUUUAUUCAAGGCAUCAUGUUUGCAAUAACCACAACAC